AAUAAUAAUAAUAAUAAUAACAAUAACAAUAACAAUAAAAAUAAUAAUAACAAUAAUAAUAAUAAUAACAAUAACAAUAACAAUAACAACAACAAUAGCAAUAGCAAUAACAAUAAUAAUAAUAAUAACAAUAACAAUAAUAAUAAUAAUAAUAAUAACAAUAAUAAUAAUAAUAACAAUAAUAAUAAUAAUAAUAAUAACAAUAAUAAUAAUAAUAACAAUAAUAAUAUCAAUAACAAUAACAAUAAUAAUAAUAAUAAUAUUAAUAAUAAUAAUAUUAAUAAUAAUAUUAACAAUAAUAUUAACAAUAAUAAUAAUAAUAAUAAUAAUAAUAAUAAUAAUAAUAAUAACAAUAAUAUUAACAAUAACAAUAACAAUAACAAUAACAAUAACAAUAACAAUAACAAUAACAAUAACAAUAACAAUAACAAUAACAACAACAAUAACAAUAACAAUAACAAUAACAAUAAAAAUAAUGACAAUAACAAUAACAAUAACAAUAACAAUUAC